AUUAGUUUUUUUCGUACCUUUCAAGCAAGCAGCCACACACGAAUCCCAAACAAAUAUUUACAAACGAAUAUAAUAUUUAAGUGAUUUUUUUAUGUUUUAGUUUCAUCAAAUAAUUUUUAAUAUUAAGUUAAUUCAAACAAUAAAGGAAUGAAAAAAAUAUGAACGCGAUAUAUGGAAAACAUGAAAAUUGAGUUCGCUUGACAAACGGAAAAGUAAAAUUCCAGAAAAAGUUUGAAUGACGUCUGUGUUAGUGUCUACGAAAAAUAGUGCAAAAUUCAUUUUUUUUUGUUUGAAAAUUAAAGCCCCAAGGCAAGGUGAAAGAGAUUAUGUUAAAUUUUUAAAACCAAAAAAUUGUGAAAAUUGGAAAUAAAACAAUAGGCUCCAUAUUGAAAUUUUAUUUUCUCCAAGAACACCUUACCCUUGGCCAAACUUAAACUGGAAUCUUUGUUCAGCGUAGCACCACAAAAAUGUCCAAUCCAACGGAGGUGGAUUAUGAAAAACAAUUCCAAGAGGAUUUAGCCAAGGCCACCGCCCUUAGCUUGGAACAAGAGGCCCUCGAUGAAUACAAUCGUGCCAAGAAGUAUGGCAGUGCCUAUGCCCAAUCCUCGCAGCAGGAGGCCAAAAAUAAGUUAUAUGCCCAAUUGAGGCGGCAGCAGUAUGCCAGGACAUCAUCGUCGGGGGAAAACAACGCCAACGCCAACACCACACCGCAACAUGCCUUGUCGCUGCCCAAGCUGCAACAAUCGCAACGUCGCCAUUCCGAAGUCAACAAUUACAACACCUCCAUAGCAUCAACAUCAGAACGUUCCAAAACCCCACCGCCCACCUCAUCAUCGUCAUCAUCAUCGGCCAUGGAAAAUGAUUUAAUCAACUUUGCUAGUCCUACCUCAAAGAAUCCCGAAAGCUCUUCAUUUGAGAAAUUAAUUGAAGAUUUACAAAAACUGCAGACCACAAAUCCUCAAACGGCCCUGGUGCCAUUGGGCCCAACAGCAGCAGCACCCAUAUAUCCAUCAUCGGCCUCACAACCUCCAACAGCAUAUCCGGCAGCAGGGGGGCAUAACAUGUAUCCAUCUGCUGCGGCCCAAGCUGUUCAAUACAAUUCAGCAGUUGGUGGUGGUGCUGCUGCUGCCGCUGGAGGCAUGCAGUUGGUACCAUUUGUACCCACAGCCCAACAACAAAGGGUACCCCUAACCAAUGAUGAGCUGAAAAAAUUAUACAGCAUGACACCACACACUGCUCCCGUCUACGGGCCAAGGCCACCAGCAAUGGGUUUUAUACAACCAGCAGCAGCAGCAGCAGGAUAUUAUGCCACACCACCACCCCCACCACACAUGAUGGUGGCUGGUGCUGGUGGAGCACCAUAUACAGCUCCCCUACAUUAUGCCAGCAAUGCAUAUGGUUUUCAAUUUCAAGCCAUGCCACCUGGGCAGCCUUAUUAUGCUGCCACAACAGCCGCGGCGGCAGCAGCAUCUUCCUUCAACUCCCCAAUGGCCAGUGGAGGUGUAAAUGUGAAUCAUUUGAGUCAUUCAGGCCAGGCAUUUCCACAAAAUCCCAAUCCCAAUGCCAACUCCAGCACCAACACCAAUAGCUUUAAUCCAAUACAUUCCUCGGCCAGUGGGAAUUUAAAUCAAUCGAUGGGGUCGGCAGCGGCAUCUUCCAUUUCUGCUGGCUCCACCGCUUCCUCAGCUCAAUCCAAUGGCUUUAAUGCACGGCGUCAAACACCACCAGCCCGUAAAAUGUCAACACGUGUGCCGGGCUCCGAUUUAAUCGAUCUCUCCCAUGAAGAUGAUUCACGGGUCAGUGUAUUGGAGGCCUUUGAUCCCUUGCUAAAUGAAAAUAGUGAUGGCGAAGAUGAUGCAUCCGAUUGCACCUCAUUCUAUGCGGAAUAUGAUCCAUUCGAUUAUCUCUACAGUGGCGGUAGUACACAGUGUUCGGAUCCAGUCUAUGAGGCUGUUAAUAAAUUGGAUCAAACAGCUGUGAGUCCCAAUGUUUCCAAUAUUGGCUGGCGUACAGAUUUUGGCCCGGCAUCCCAUGUCCAGGAUAUAGAUGUCCAGUCCACCUAUUCGUUUAGCUCACAAAGCCAUCAUUCGCAUUCCCAGACACCGCCACCACCGUUGCCGCCACGCAACAGCGGUAGUGCUGGCACUAGUGUGGGCUCUUUCAACACCUUUGCCCGGGAUUUUGAGUCCAAUGAAGCCUAUGCACCGGUACUAAAUGUUAGCCACGUCUUGGAUAGGCGAAAAACCUAUUCCCGUCUCUAUGACAUGGUUACCGAUCAGAGGACUAUUGAUCCGGAACUUUUGGAUUUUUACUAUAUGGUUAAGAAGCUGAGGCAGAAUUACCCCUACGACGAUGAGACCACAAAUGUGGGUCACAUAAUUGCCUCGGAAUUUAAUUAUCACUAUCCGUUUGAGACAAGCAUCAAGAUUCUGGUGCAUCCAGCCCUAAAUGCCCUGUUUCCAGAUGCUGAAGCGGCAACCAUAAAUGGUGGGCAGUUUAAUGGUUAUGGUUCGCCGGUGAUUUUUACCUGUGACAUUAAUACUCCCGUGGAAUUGGUCAUUAGCCAGGCAUUUUGUUCGCUGGAGGGUCAAAUCCGCGGCUCGGUCAAUGAUUUUGCCGUCAAACCCAUUGGAGUUUCAGAAUGGCUGGCAAACACCUCAAAACUAAGUCAAUUGGAAUGUGUUCACAAUAGUUUGAAAUUGGAAAAGGAUGUCCAGUUGGGUUUGUGCCUCAAGAGUCGUGAAAAUAUGCAGGUGAUUGCCCGUACGCAACGUGAUGAUAAGAACGACAUGGAUUUGCGGCCGGAAGAUGUGUUGCCCAAUGAAUCGGCCACCACAAUUACCUAUGACAAUAUGAUGAUAUUAAUAGAAACCCUUGAAAAUGAAAUCGAUAAACUACAAUCUGCAGCCAGUGAUAAUACCUCACGCAGUGUCUUAUCUUGCUCGGGAGUUGUGCAGGGCAUCAAAGCCAUUUGUGCCUUAUUGGGCUCCAUCGAUACCCUGGAAUUGGCCGAAUGUGUUGAUCAGCUAAAACAAGUUUGUGAGGAGAGUCAAAUUAAGUAUGCUGCCUCCAGUUCGGGAAAUCCAGAGAUUGUUAACGAUUGCGGUGACUAUGCGGAGGUGUGUCUGAGGCCACGUUCCAAUUUGGAACAGAUCAAACUGAAGUGCAACAAACUAAGGGAUGCUGUGCAGGAGCUAAUUGAACUGUACUCCAAUGUGUUUCGAGUGGGUUUCUCGGUGAAGACCUUGGACUAUUCUAUAACUCCCAUACAUGUCUCCUGUGUCUCCAAGCCCGUGGUGGUCAGCAUCAACUGUUUACAUCGGCCACCGCCAUUGUGGAAAUAUGAUAGCUAUUCCCUGGGCGUACACAUAAACUAUGGCACCCGCUUUAUCUCCGAACCUGUGGUGACAAAGUGCUCCAACGAUACCUCCGGGGGUUUAUUUGCCCGUUUGAAAUUUUCCUCAUGGCUGACAUUUGAUAAAAAUCCCAUUUGCACGUUGCCACGAGAGGCUCGUUUAAUAUUUGUACUCUACGGCACCCAGUUGGCAGAGAAUGAACCCAACAACACAGGCAAUGAGAACGACGAGAGAAGGCAAAUAACCACCGAAUUGGGCUGGUGUGCAAUACAACUGUUUGACUACAAACGUGAGAUGAUUUGUGGUCCAUAUUUGCUCUCCAUGUGGCCGGCAACGGCGGAUAAGUUUUUGGGUCCAGCACCGGCCAAGGGUUGUCAUCCACAUCCCGACUAUUGUCCGGUUUUGAGUAUUGAAAUACCACCAUAUGGUGGUAGGAUACAGUUUCCAGAACCCGUGGAAAAUCCAGCGCCGGCACCAAGAUAUGACUUCAAUUCCCUGGACACAAAUCUGCAACAAGAACUGCUGGACACCGCCGAACAGGGCUAUCCUGGGGCGAGCGACAAACGUGAAGUCUUCUGGGAGAAACGUUUGUAUUUACAAAAUAUACCUCAUGCCUUGCCCAAGGUUUUACAUGCCGCCCACAGUUGGGAUUAUGCCAGUCUCAUGGAUCUACAUUCGCUGCUCUACUCAUGGACCCCAUUGGCUCCACUGCAAGCGCUGGAAUUACUCUUACCUCGUUAUCCAGAUGCCAAAGUCCGACAGAAGGCUGUCGAAUGGAUAUCCCACCUACCCAACGAUCAGUUGGUGGAUUAUUUGCCUCAGCUAAUACAGGCCUUGAAACAUGACACCUAUGAGGCAUCAGCGAUGGCUCGUUUUUUGCUAUGUAAAUCUUUGGAAUCGCCACGCAUUGCCCAUCAUAUGUAUUGGCUAUUGGUUCACAGCCUGCCCGGCAAUGAUCCUCAGAAUUCCAUAGAUUCUUCAUCCGCCAGUGCAGCGGAAAUCGAUGAGUCGUUGGUAACACAAGCCCGCUAUCAUCGUCGCAACAAAAUGAUGUUGAGAGCCCUCUUGGCGAUAUGUGGCGAAAAGCUGUCGGAGCGGUUCCUUUUACAGAAUCUUAUGUGCCGGAACCUGGCCAACAUUGCGGAGCAUGUCAAGGAGGCCAAGGAAGCUUUGCGCCAGAAAUUCCUGUGUGCCGGCAUGGAUGAAAUAAAUCAGGAAUUAUUGGACAAACAUACCUCUUUGCCACUGGGCCCGGAGCUGGAGGUUAGCGGGGUAAAUGUACGCAAUUGUAGCUAUUUCAAUUCGAAUACAUUGCCACUGAAAAUUUCAUUUGUGGGACCCGAUGCUGAGCCGUUGCCCGCCAUAUUUAAGUCUGGUGAUGAUCUGCAACAGGACAUGCUGACCAUCCAACUGAUACGUGUCAUGAAUAAAAUGUGGCUGGCCGAGGGUUUAGAUUUGAAAAUUGUCACAUUUAAUUGUGUACCCACCGGCUACAAGAAGGGUAUGAUUGAAAUGGUUAGUGAUGCCGAAACGUUGAGGAAAAUCCAAGUAGAAUAUGGUUUGACAGGAUCCUUUAAGGAUCGUCCCAUAGCCGAGUGGUUGGCCAAACAAAAUCCCAGUCAAUUGGAAUAUCAAAGAGCGGUCAAGAAUUUUACGGUUUCCUGUGCCGGCUAUAGUGUAGCCACAUAUAUCUUGGGCAUUUGUGAUAGACAUAACGACAAUAUUAUGUUAAAAACCUCCGGUCACUUGUUUCACAUUGAUUUUGGCAAGUUUUUGGGCGAUGCCCAAAUGUUUGGCAAUUUCAAGAGAGACCGCACCCCCUUUGUCCUUACCUCGGACAUGGCCUAUGUCAUAAAUAACGGUGAUAAACCCUCAACAGAUUUCCAUUAUUUUGUGGAUCUCUGCUGUCGUGCCUUCAAUAUUAUACGCAAACAUGGUGAUCUUUUAUUGCAUAUGCUGGCCCUAAUGGCCACAGCCGGUAUUCCGGGUGUAACGGCCGAUGCCGUAACAUAUGUACGCCGAGCUCUAUUACCCUCCCAGUCGAACCCCGAGGCGGCUGCCUCAUUUGCCAAAAUGAUACAGUUCUCCCUGAAGAGUUGGUUCACCCAAUUCAAUUUCUUUUUGCACAAUUUAGCACAAAUGCGUUUCUCCAACGAUGAGGGUAAUGGCGAGCUGUUGUCUUUUGUUCCUAGGAAAUAUACAAUGCAGCAGGAUGGCCGCUUAAAAAGUGUCAUGGUUGUCCGCUGUCAAAAACAUUACGAUAUGGAAAAGUAUUAUACAUAUAUUCUACAAGUAACCCGCCAUGGUCAAAAGGAUCCUACUCAUCUGUUUCGUUCAUACAAAGAAUUUACGGAAUUCCAUCAGAAAUUGUGUCUACAUUUCCCUCUGGCCAAACUGCAUAGUUUACCCAGCGGCAUGCAUGUGGGCCGUUCCAAUGUGAAAUCCGUGGCCGAAAGACGUCUACCGGAAAUCCGACAGUUCCUAAUCUCAUUGUUCAAUUCGGCCGAUGAAAUUGCCCAUUCCGAUUUGGUGUAUACAUUUUUCCAUCCGCUGCUGAGGGAUCAGAAAGAGGCUAACUUGAAUAUGUCCAAAGUGAAGGAGAUUCGACCCCAGACAUCACGAGAGCAACCCAAUGAGGUGGGCCAAUUGAAACUAUCAAUGCAAUAUAGACGCGAGGUUUUGACUGUAAUGAUACAUCACGCCAAGGGUCUGCCUUUGUUGGCCGGUGGCCAGGAGCCAAAUACCUAUGUGAAAUGUUAUUUAAAACCGGAUGACAAAAAGGCCACCAAACGCAAGACGAAGGUGGUGCGCAAAACCUGUGUUCCCAGUUAUAUGGAAACGUUGGAAUACCGCAUGCCCUUGGAAAUUAUACAAAAUCGCGAGCUGCAUGUGACCGUGUGGUCCCACGACACAUUGCAGGAAAAUGAGCUGUUGGGUGGCUUUAAAAUUGAUUUGCGUAAAUAUGAUUUGCGCAAGGAGACUAUAGAAUGGUUUCGUCUUGGCACCAUGUCACGCCACUGACCCUGGCCCCAUGAUCACCUCCCCCAGCCGGGGGGUGGUGAGUGGUUUUAUCAGCGACUAGAUGCCUAGAUGCAAUGUCUGGACAAUAACUGAGAUAUAUAGAAAAGAGGGAUUCGCAAUCUAAGGCCUGACCAGAUGGCAAACGGAGAUAAUCAUCACUUUUUUUUCAUUGAAAAUCAUUGUCUAACAAAAAAAUAUUUUUUUUUUCAAAUGUUGAGAUUUGCAUAUACUAUAUACAAUAUAUAUACAUACAAAUUAAAUAUUAAGGAAAUUUAGAUGUAUAUAACAAAAGAACAAAAAAAGGAAAGAAAAGAAAAACCGAGAAAUUGUCUGUGAAGUAAAUUUGUGAAUGUGUACGUGUGUGUGUCUGUUUGUAUGUAACUACAUUAAGAAUGCCUACGCCUGUAAGUGAUUUUACAUUCCAAAAUUGUUUGUCAUGUUCAUGCUAUUCUUUAUAUAUUUUUUUAAAAAUAAUUCUUUUUUUCCAUUCUAUUUUAAUUUGUAAAUUAAUAAAAAAAUUGUUUUUUAUUUAAUCUUCAAAUAAUAUAUUCCGCAAAUUAUUAUUUAAAUUACAUUAAAAAACAAUCAUUAAUAAUAAUUAAUUACUCUCUCCCCUUAAAAUUGUUCAAAACAACAACUCUGCACAAUAUUUAAUUUAUACAAAAAAUAACAAAUCUAUAAAUAAUUUUUUUUUAAAUAAAACAUUAAGGCAACCAACUCAA